AUGGCGAACUCGGAGUGGGCGUAUGCUGGUGUUCACCUCUCUAUCGACAACUACGUCAUACCGCAAGAAAAGUUAUUCCCCACACCAUCCAAUCUCGAUGGCCUUGAUGCAGAAACAGAAUUUGAUCUUCGAUAUAUUGGCUGCGAACUUAUUCAGGACGCUGGAACGCUUCUAAGGCUUCCUCAGGUGGCUAUGGCAACUGCUCAAGUUCUAUACCAACGAUAUUUCUACUCAAAGUCCUUCGUAAGAUACGUCUACGAGCAUUACGCAAUGGCUUGUAUAUUUCUAGCUGCAAAGAUAGAAGAGUGUCCCAGACGGAUUCGCGAGGUCAUUAAUGUAUUUAACCAUAUGAAACAAGCCCGAGAAGGAAGGCAGUUCACUCCUGUACUGUUCGAUCAGGCUUAUGUCAACUUGAAAAGACACAUUAUUAAGGCGGAACGUCGUGUUUUAAAGGAGCUGGGAUUUUGUGUGCAUGGAAAGCACCCACAUAAGUUGAUUAUAAUGUAUCUCAAAUCGCUUUCUUUCGAGAACAACAAGGAAUUCGUUCAAACAUCGUGGAACUGCAUGAAUGACGUACUUCGGACGGAUGUCUUCGUGCGUCACACUCCAGAAGCGGUGGCCUGCGCGUGCAUUUUCCUCGCCGCUAGACGACUGGGGAUCCCUCUUCCUCGACAUCCUCCAUGGUGGGAAAUGUUUAAUGUUGACGACGAGUCUGUGCACGAAAUCGCAUUGUGUCUUCAGCGUUUGUAUGCUAGGGAAAAGCCAAGCGUUAGCGCUCUAGAGUCGCGUUUAGCUGAAGUUCGGAAAAGACAAGCCGAAGAAAGGGAGGCUGCUGCAGCAGUGGCAGCUGCCGCCGCUGCAGCUGCUGCAACUAAUAAAAAUACAGAUGCCUUAAGCGUGGAAAGCCCGGGAUCGAAGGCAGAACGUGCUGUUCCCAAUGGUGUCAAAACCAAAAGUUCCCCUUGCGCACCAGUCUCGGAGGCGAUUCAAGCCGAGAUAUCUGCGUCCUCAGAAUCAAAUAAGCGUACCUUGGAGAGGACAAACGGGGUCAUCGUGACUGAUUCCAAGGAUCUGAAGCUCUUGAAUCCUCGUCUGGCAGAAAGGCGUCGUCCAACUGCGUACAGUGAAAUGGAUUUGAAAUCCAAGAAAACUAGCAAAACUCAUACUCGUUCGCGUAGUCCAGUGUCUCGGCACAAUAAAUCCAAGGUUCGAAGGCACAGACAUUCCUCGACUAGCGCAUCGAUCACUAGCUAUAGUGAGGAAUCACUUUCCCCAGUUAGAUCUUCGGAUGUGCGCAAAAGUUCUAUUUGCAAGAUUCGCCACCGUGAAACUCACAGGAAACGAUCCAGAAGUCCUUACAAUGAUGGUAAGUAUCGGCGACGGCAUAGGUCGCGAUCACCAUCAAGCUAUUCGUCCACCUCAAGUCGCUCGGAUAGAUCGCCCCCCAAACACACGUCGCGCAAUCGGAUUUCUCCUCACCGGUCCAAUCGCACGAAUUACCGAUUCAAACGUCUCAAAAAAUCGUGCCCGAUAGUGGCUGUCACUUUUCGUCUCACUAACUUAAACGCAUCCGAUUUCCCUCCCUUACCGAAGCGGGCUUAUCCCAACUUGUACAACGAGGCACGCAGUCUCUCGCAGGUGGUCCAGCUUCCCCAGGAAUUUCUCCCCUCUCGAUCUCCAGCCCACGUUGGUUUUGGGUAUAUGAUUUUCAAGGGACUACUUGAAGGCUUCUUUCACAAUACGCCAUUCACAAUCAUUAGACCGACUGGGGCCGCCGGCUGA